UAACCUGUAGAACAGGCCAUUGACGACGGGACUGGACCUCUCGUAUACUGCCAACGUUUCUCAACCUCUUCAUCAUCCAAAUUUCUUGACUGCCGCGACGGUGCGACAGCACACAUCAUGUCCCGGGUCAACGAACUGCUCGUCACAAUACGCAAAGAUAUCGCAAGCGGCAACGGAGAAAAACUCAGGCAAUGGCUGCAGGUGGUGCCAGAAGCCCCGGCUAGCUACCAUGAAAUGGGCCAGGAGCUUCGUGGCAAGCGGGACAAGCCAUUGCACGGAUCCCUCGAGAAAUGGAUCGAGCAUAUGAUCCCCGACGAGACGGACCAUGCCAAAGAAGGGCAGAUCACUGCGUGGGGCGGGCUGUACGCGUUUAUCAAGGAGUAUCUCAUCUACUGGCGCGAUGCCGAUUGGAAUGAUCUGCUGAGAACGCACGAGCUUCUCACCAAUCUUGUCAAUGCCAGCGCAACAGCCUUCUCGUACCCCUCUGGGGGUGACAUACUCAUGCAGACAUGCUUGGCCCUCUCACAGACCCUCGCACAGCUGACAAUGACGCUGAGCCGGCGACCAGACCUGCUUCGCAAGGCAAAGCGCGCAGAAGAUGCGAGCGGCGACGGGGGAGGCGACGAUGGCCAAGGCUCCAUCAUUGGCAGGACCUCCGAAACCAUCAAGAAGAUCUUUACGACGUGUCUUCAAGAUCGUACAACAGACAGGUGGACGGCGCCAAAGGGGAGAAAGCAAGCCGUCUACACAUUCGCAAACCUGGUCCUCAAGCUCUCUUUUGCGUGCCGCAAAAUCACACCAGCAACCAUGCUGCUCAGUCAGAUGGCCUCACAAGCACCGCUGCUCAACCUCUACCCAGCCGCGCAACGCGUCACCUUUCUCUACUACCUCGGCCGCUACUGGUUCGCCAACACACACUACCUCCGAGCAGCGCACUGCCUCGAGGCAGCAUACCUCCAGACUCUCCCCACAUUCGUCACACAUCGCGCCAGGAUUCUCACCUACCUCAUCCCGUGCAACCUCCUCCUAGGGCGCUUCCCCUCCCAAAACCUCCUCAGCAGACCCGAGGCCAAGAACCUGGCCCCUGUCUUCUUCCCGCUCUGCGCAGCCAUACGCUCCGGCGACUUCGCAGCUUUCCAGGCGCAUCUCGCCACGCAGCAGGAUUGGCUCUACGAGCGAGGCCUAUUCCUCCAACUAGCACACAAGUUACGGCCACUGCUAUGGCGGAGUCUGGCGAGGAAGACGUUCAUCCUGACAUAUCAGCCGCCCGAGGACGCCUCGUCGCGCAAAGCCGCCACGCUUGACCUGGCCGACUUGCAGACCGCCGCGUCGUUCCUGCAGAGACGGAUCGAAGGCUACACGCCCUCGUCGACCACGCAUCGCCCCUCCCAGGGCGUCAACCCACUGGCCGUGCACGCGGCCCGGAACAAUGCCAACACGACGCUCGUCGCGCCGCCCAGUGGGCCACGCAAGCUCCGCUCGCACGAGGGCAUCCUGUGGGGCAAUGCGCAGAUCACCGCGGAGGAUGUUGAGAUGAUGGUGGCGGAGAUGGUGCAGCAGGGCCUUAUGCACGGGUUCGUGGCGCAUGGGCAGGGACGUUUCGCCAUCAUAGGCGCAAAGGCCAAGGGACCGGUGGCUGCAGGGUGGCCAACCCCGUGGGCAGCGAUAGCAGAUAGGAAGUACGACCAGUACUACGAUCAGGAGGAUGUACCUGGGUGGGUGAAGGCUUGAUGAAGUGUACAUGCGUAUAUAGCGAGGGACAUGGUACGAUACCCAUACGAAGAAUGCAAGGCGCCGUUGAGAUCACGAGGAGACGGGAGUCAUGAUUCUUUAUAAAUUACUUGUUCGAUCGUAUACACGCCCUUUCCCCCUCCCACCGAGAAACUGCGCUAUCCUGAAAGUGCCGAAGAAGAAGGAGAAGAAAUACCCUCUCCUCGUGUACAUGGCCCGUGGCGUCGUGUCCCAAACUUGAUAUCACUGAGAAAGAUUUUUGGCUUUU